GGAAGAGCGUGAGGGGGAAGAAGUGCACUGAGCUUGCACAGGCUCCCGACAGCUGUCCCAUCAGGUUGCUGUUAAAGGGAGAAAGACAAAUUUGGUGAUCAUUUGGAUUAUUUUAACUUCUUUUUUUUUUUUUUUUUUUUUUUUUUUUCAACUGUGGGGCGCAUUAAGUUUCUGUGAAGAUGCACUGAUGACCCAGAAAGAUGGAGACAGAGGAGACUGGUGAAACAGGGACUUCCUGGUCUGCCGUGCCAAGAGAUGUACAUGCCAUCCCCUGUGACCAUGCUGGGAAGAAAAGAAAGCAGGACCCAGGCCCUGAUCCGGUCAUGGAGGAUGACGAGGAGGAGGAGGAUGACGACAUGAUAUUGGAGCAAAUGAAGGACUCAGAGGAGCCCAGUAAUAAGAGGGUUAAACCUGUGACAAAGUCCAAUAGCCUAACAGGCGUCAUAACCCCAGUGAAGACCCCUGCUCUCAAACGCAUUGGACAGUCCAUUUCGCGUUCUAUCAGCUUUCGUACUGAGGCGCGACCUUUACCCCCGGCUCUCCGCUCUCGCCAGAAGGCCUCCUCGUUUCCACGGAGACGCAACAGUCAAUGCUGGAGUGACACUGUGGAGAGUCAUGACCUUACCGCAAAGGAGAUCAAACGCCAAGAGGUGAUCUAUGAGCUGACUCAGGGAGAGAGGCAGCUCAUUGACGACCUUGUUCUGGUUAAGAAGGUGUAUUAUGAGCCAAUGCUGAAGCUGGACAUCAUGACAGAGAGUGAACUGGGGCAGAUCUUUGGGACUCUGGACUCUCUCAUUCCCCUUCAUGAAGAUCUUCUGAGUCGUCUCGAGAGGCUGAGAGGAUCAGAGAAGACAGUUGGGGAGGUGGGGCCCACUCUGAUGAACUGGUUUCCUUGCUUGGAGGCCUAUGUUACAUACUGCUGCAACCAGGUGGGGGCCAAAUCCCUGUUGGACCACAAGAAGCAUGAGAAAAAAGUGGAGCGCUUCCUGCGCCUCUGUCAAGAAUCUUCUUUUAGCAGGAAACUGGACCUCUGGAACUUCCUGGAUCUCCCUCGAAGCCGACUGGUGAAAUACCCCCUGCUGCUGAAAGAAAUCCAGAAGUGCACACCUCCAGAGCACCCUGAUGAAGACACACUGCCUGAUGCUUUGGAGUUGAUCCAGAGCAUCGUGGCGGAGGUGAACAGGAAGACAGGGGAGGCUGAAUGCCAGUUCUACAGGAGGGGGCUGUCUUACCUCGAGGAGGGCCAGAGAAUAAAUGAAAUACAACUGUCCCGCUUCCUCUACUGCCACGGAGAGCUCAAAAACAGCAAAGGACAGCGGCUGCAUGUCUUCCUGUUUGAGCAGGCUCUGGUCCUGACCAGGCCAGGAGAGGGCAAAGAGGGAGGCCAUGUGUUCCAAGUGUACAAGCAGCCUCUGCCCAAUGACUUGCUCAACCUGGAGGAUAUCCCAGAUGGAGAGGCUGGCGGAGGGGGCACCUUUAGGGGAGCCUUCACUGGGGGUAAUGAUAAAGUGAGGAACUGCUUCCGUGUGAGCAGCAGAGGGCGCGCCAAAGCCUCCUCUCACAGCCUGCAGGCCAACGACUCCUUCAGUAAGCAGCAGUGGAUCAGCUGUCUGCGCCAAGCCAUUGUCCAAUCACGAGACAGGAGUGCUCAGACCAGCCAGUCACAGCUCUGCUCCCACACUGAUCCCGCCCUCUAUCACAUAGCUGAUAUCAGCCUCAACUCAGACACAGAGAUGACAGAACAUGCCAGCCGCUGACUGAUAGACUGAUCACCAAGAGGGACUGUUUGUGCAUUUGUAUGAACGUAUUUGUAUGAAAUGAAUGAACUCAUUUUUUAGAUAGUUGCGCAUAGACACACACACACACACACACACACACACACACACACACACACUUUCCUACUUGCAUCGUUUUCUUUACCUGGUAUUCUGUGCCUGUACAGUUCUCAGAAACAAUAUUAGUGAAUAUGAAUGUACUUUGCAGAAUAUGACUGGUAUCUAUUGUAACAUUUUCUAUGUGUUUUUUAAUAAACUGACACUUAAAAUCUGUUGAGAUGUUCAUGGGAGGGUAGACAAAGAUACAUCCAAGUAUAGCCUACAAGAUCUAGAGGGAAAAGAUUAGACAGAUUAUCUCUCUCUCUGUCUCUCUCUGUCUCAUUCUGUCUCUCUCUCUUUCACUCGCUGUCUCUCUCUCUCUCACACACACACACACACACACACACACACACACUCUGUCUCUCUCUUCCUCUCUCACCCUCCCUCUCUCUCUCACUCUGACACCAGUGAUAGGGCAGGGGAAAGGAGAAAGGUAGACUUUCAGUGCUAGCCUACAGUCAUAGAGUGAAACAGUAGCUGUCCCUUAUGCAUUUUUAACAGCUCAGCAGGUGAUGGGAACAGUUUGGUGGGACAGUUUGUCCACAGAUAGAGUGACCAAGUGAUCAGGGGAAGCCCUAGUGUCGGUCACAGGGUCCCUUUACGUAGACUGUGGUGAGUUUACUUCUAAAACUGGAUGCCUGGAGCUGGUGACGUCAACAUGCAGGGCUCCUGCCAGGCCCUGUGUCGGACCCUAGUGUCGCAGAAUGGCCUCCAGAGAGAAACAGCUGACAUCUCCCAGUCUGUCCUCUACACUUCACUGAUGGGCCUGCUGCUGGU